UGAGAUUUUUGGCAAGUGGGACCUUUCAAAAUGUGAUUGGUGAUGUAACUGGUAUGAGCCAAGCAAGUGUAAGUCGCAUCAUCAGUCAAGUUACAGAUAUUCUAUAUAACAAAGCAAGGACAGAAAUAAAAAUGCCACAAAAUCCACAGGAAAUUCACCAGACUGCGCAAGCUUUCCAUAGGAUUAGUGGCUUUCCAAGAGUCAUUGGUGCAAUAGAUGGAACACAUAUUCCCAUUAAAGCACCAAGUGACAAUGAAUACAUUUAUGUAAACCGUAAAGGAUAUCACUCGCUAAAUCUUCAAGUAGUGGGAAAUGCCCAAAACCUCAUCACUAGCUAUACUGUGAAGUAUCCUGGCAGCACCCAUGAUGCCUACAUUUGGAACAACUGCCCACUACGAGGUCGCUUCCAAGAUGGUGUCUAUGGAGAUAUGCAUCUUCUUGGUGAUAGCGGGUAUCCACUGGAGCCAUUUCUCCUCACCCCAUAUCCACACCCAACAACCCGGGGACAAGAAAGGUAUAAUAGGUCACAUAAGAAGACGAGAACUAUAAUUGAGCAGACAUUUGGGGUCUUGAAAUCUCGCUUCCGAUGUCUGCAUAAUUCUGGUGGGUCUCUACAGUAUGAACCCAAAAAAUGUGCGAAGAUAGCUGUUGCCUGUAUGCCCGCUCCUGAGCUGCUAGAGGAAGAGGAGCAAGAGGAUGAUGGGAGGGAGAUCAUGAUGAUCCAGCAGCAGUUGCAAGGCAAGGUGCAGGCUGCUAAAUUAUAUCCACCUUUAAGUGACACUCGGCCACUAUCCUCACCUAAGGAAUCAUUUUCUGAUGACGACAUCGACGACGACAAUGUAGAUGAGUCACAACAAUUUUGUUCUGGAUAUAAGCCAUCAAAACGUUUGUGUCCAUCCAAUUAG